AUGCCGUUAAAGUCUUUCUCCACGCGUCGUGGUGGUCGCCCUCUUGGUGGGUUGAUCUCCGCCUUUGGUUCCGGCCUUCACGGCUAUCACAGAGGGAGUCUUGCUUUUUAUCCGGAGCCUGUUGACGUUUGGGUGGCGGCGUUGACGGACGCGGUACCUUUCUACCAGCGAUGCAUGGUGGUUUAUUCUUCAACGAUGUCAAACGAGCGCGCGAAGUCAUUGGUGGCCCGUGCCCGGGAACACUUGCCUUCUGUGCAUCAUGCGCCUCUGCGAAGACGCGUUUUGGGGGAUUCCCGGCCCGCGGAAUUGGUGGCAUCGCUGCGUGAGAAGGGCAAUGUGACUACGGCGGUGACGUCUGAAGUGUUGCCCGCGCUAGUGUCACCGUUGGAGAACAUACCACCGCAGUCCCUUGACCUUGUGGUGUUUGCGGCAAAUGUAUUUGGAGAUGAAAUGCUGCACGACGCGCCGUGGCAUAUGUCGCUUGCUCACCGCUGUCUUGCCCCACAUGGGGUUGUGGCUAUUAUGGGCUACGCGACUCGAGUUUCCGUGGUGGCACCGGAAGCGGCGCGCAGGGACGCGGAUGACUUUAUGGAGGAUCUGCAAUGCACAGCAGUUGAAUCGGCGAAGCAGACAGAGUCACAGGAACAUAGAGCGGCGUUGGAGCGAGCUCUUGAUACUAGCAGCAGUCUAGAUGUGGGACACGCUGACAUGUAUUUUCCCUUUCGAUCCAUAAAGCGGCGGUGGUUUACCUCAGAGUACGCUGCUACUCCCGUACAACUCGCUGCAGCGUACCGGGCCCUACCAGAGUACCAAAUACUCUCCAGCGAAACACCCCGUUUCCGCCACCUGCCGAGCUUUGGAGGCGGCCAGGCACAAUUAGGGGAAAUUGUUGAUCAGGACGAGCCAGUGAACGUGUUUAGGCGUCAUGCUUGUGUGGAUCCUCUUGAAGCCCUGGAGUGGUGCUUGCAGGCACAAAUGAUGUCGUCUCAUGGAAAUAGUGCACCACUGUUGCCUCCGCUGAGGGUUCACGUGCGGCACUUCAUCAUUACCUGCAGCGCACGUUCGGUAAACGCCGCAUCGGAGCCUUUGCAGCUUCACUUCCCCAGGAGGCAACUGCCACAACUCAAUUAG